CACUUCCCGGCCGUUAGCAGCGUUGCGUCGGCUUGUGGCCCACCGUCGUAACGCUCUUUAUCAGAUAAGAGCCGCCCCUAUCGCCUCAGACGUGCCUUUAGUGUGGUGCGGCUCCGAGAACGGCUACCACGGACACGACUCAACCGCACAAACGAUCGAGGUGUUAACAGCCUCACCACACGGCCUUUCCUUCCCCCCAGCGCGUCGGGUCUCGGUGAGGGUCUCCGCCACUGACUGACUGACUACUGAGGCCACACACGCUCCGCCAUCAUGUUUGACGUCUUCGAUAACCUCAAGAAGCACAUCUCCACGUCAGGGGCAACCCGGGCAAGCGUCUACUCCCUGCUCCUCUUCACCUCCAAAAUAUGCAUGUUCAUCACCCUGCUGGCGUGUGUGCUGGUCACCGCCAAGACCUACAUAGGCGACAACAUCAACUGCAUCACCGGGUUUGAGAAGCAAGAGCACAAGGCCAUCGAGACAUACUGCUUCAUUGCCUCCACCUUCACCAUGGUCGACCUCAACCCAGGGGUCUCGCCCCAUCCUGGUGUGGGCCCCAUCAUUCGGCCACUGCCACACGGGGGGAGCGAGGAGGGGGAGCGGAUAGUCCACGCCUAUUACCAGUGGGUGCCGAUGGUGCUGUCACUGCAGGCCGUCAUCUACUACUUCCCCAUCUGGCUCUGGCACACAUUUGACAGAGGUUUCUUUGAGGCCAUCAUCUGCCACCUUGACAAAGUUCACAUCACCGACGAUGUCUCUAGAAAUAUUGUGAGCUCAGUGAAGUUUUUUGGGUCCAGCCUCAGCACCCACAGAGGCUACGCUGUCAGGUUCCUCCUCUGCGAGUGUUUGGCCUUUGUCAUCUCUAUUGGCAACCUGUUCUUCACCAACACCUUCCUGGGCGGGGAGUUCUUUAAAUUUGGUCCUUCUGCCCUCAAGUACCUCGGCACCAACUCCACCGACCCCAACAACCCACUCAACGAGAUCUUCCCAAAGGUUGCUAAAUGCACGUGGCACAAGUUUGGAGCUUCCGGCACCAUCCAGACCUUUGACUCCAUGUGCGUCCUGCCGCUCAACAUUGUCAACGAGAAGACCUACAUCUUCCUCUGGGUCGUGUACAUCUUCACAGCCAUCAUCUGCGGGGUCCUCCUCCUCCUCCACCUCAUCCUCUUCUUCUUCCCUGCCGUCCGCAAUGCCUACCUGGUGUACCUCGUGAGGAAGCAGGAGACCAAGCUCCAUCUGCAGCACAUCCUCCCAAAGUGCAACUACGGCGACUGGUUCCUGCUGUUCCACUUCCGGCGCAACAUGGUGUACUUCCGGGAGUGGAUCGCCCAGGCCCGAGAGGAGAUACAGAAGUAGCUGCCAUCUCUUCCUUGUGUGGCUCAGGCACUCAUACCUAUCGUAAAAUUGUUUUAGAUUGUGUUUUAAGUACUGUACUAAGCAUUAUGUAGUAUUAGGCAAAAAAGACCAUGUAUCUGAAACUGUAUUGACUAAGUUAUAUGAAUAACAUGAAUAUUGUUAGUAUUGGUAUGUGAUAUUAAAGGGAUUGGCAAAGGAGUGAGAGUGAUGAAAGAAGAGUUAAGAAGAACAGGACCAUGAGGAGGACUUGAGGGCUGGAGCUUCAGGAACACCACUGGAGGGAAACAGUGUGCUUAUUGUUUCAACUCAAAAUUUAUUUUCAUUUUAUUUUAUUUGUGCAAUUAAUGUAAGUCUUGCUUAUGAUCAUGAAGAUACUAUUCCAACCCACGUCAUGGUAAUGCAAGUUGACUGGUUGAGUAGUUUUGUAUUUGUUAUUGAAAAUAUAUGAUUGCUUUGUAACGCGAAAGAAUGAUCAAUUACAAAUAAUAAUUUCUCAUAUAUUUUA